AUGGCAGAUAAUGAUGGUCCUUUGGAUUUGAUUCCGUCUGUGAAUUACCCACCACUGCUCACAGCUGCUAAUUACCUUUCUACAAAGCAGAUGAUCGAUCAGGUUGUAAGUGAAGAUCAGGAAUAUGUAUCAUGGAAAUUGAAGAAUUUGAGGACAGGAGGCACUAUGAACUCGUACAUGCAGGACCGAAUAAAGGAAAUGCAAGGCGACAGGAAAGACAGCAGGUUUCUAACGAACCAAGCAUCAUUCUAUGAUACUGAUCUGGAUGGUCAGAUACCGAAAGUUAGCAGCAAAGGUGAGAUAAAUGAAGUUCCAAGCAAUCUACGGUUUCCUAGAGAUUUUUACGAGGAGAUGUUGAAGGGGAAUCCAAGGCCUCGAGAGUUGGCUCAGGAUGAACAAUUUAAACUACUCGUCACAAACCUAGACGAGCAGCAGACCAACAGAUUUGAAGUAUUCCAUCGGACCUCACUGAACAAGACCCAGGUGAAAAAAAUUGCUGGUAUGGUAAUAAAUCAGAGUGUGACAGAAAAUAUUCGUGUGUUCUUGCAGGCCAUUGGCAAGCUUUAUGCGGGAGAGAUCAUUGAGCUGGCACUUGACGUGAGGCAAAAAUGGUUGGCCGGAAGGAUGAUGAUAGAGUUCGACCGUCGUAGGUCGGUGGCCAAGAGCCUGAAGAAGUUUCUAAAGAAGUUGACAAUACUUAUGGAGAACAAUCAUGAAAAUGUCGAAGAUAGCGUUGACGAGACUGAGAGCGAUUCAUAUUUUGAUGAUGACGAGCAGCAAAUGACACAGGUCAAGCUAGGAAAUAAGCUACUCAAGAGCCAAAACAAUUCUCAAGAUAUCAGAGCCGGCCUGAUCUCUCGUUACAACAAGCUCGUUAAAGAGUUCAAUGCUAUAGACGUAAGUGUCGAGAAGUUUGCAAACAGUCCGAUUCUGCCGGAGCACAUCAGAGAGGCAUGGCGAUUGUACCAACUACAAUCGGACACAUUACCAUCGGCUCAAUGGCGAACUCAGGGCGAGGGCAACGGUUGCAUGUUCAGAUAG